AUGGUGAAUAUGGUAUUUAGUGGCAAUGCAUCCAAUGUAACAGCGAAUGGAACUGCAAAGGUCGCAUAUGGAGUCGGUAUCGAUUCUGAACACCACUGGUUAUAUGCGCCGUUUCUCAACAAGGAGGUGGCCAAAACGAAAGGUCUUCUGCUGACAGGACAGAUCAAAAAUGAAACUCUGCGGUUCGUACUGACCACGCCCAACGGUACACGCGUAGUAGACAUUGUCCCGACGAACGAAUCUAUGCCGACGGGAUUCAUUUACGUUUACGUUGACGCCAAACCCGAUUUCACAACUGAGAUGCAGCCAAAUACAAACUUUUCAGUUAUGCUUGUGACGCGCUUAAACACGACGAAGUCAUAUUGUCGUAGGUGUGAUAUCAAUACGAGCAUAUGCACGAUGCGUAUCCCCUUCAUCGUGGCACUUUACACCGAGACGUUCUUUAAAAGAUUUAAAAUCAUUGUACUCAAAUACAAAUACAGGAAGCCACAUUGCAGACGCAAGGAAUAUCCGUCAGGACUGAAAGCUAUUCUGCUGACAGGAAAAAUCGGAAAUCAAACGCUGCAGUACGUAUUAAAUACGACUGCCGGUAUAAAGAUUAUAAAUGUUUUCCCUAACGGUAACUCCACCCACAAAAAAUUAAUUCACAUUUCAUUCAAUGAAACGGCCCCCGAGCCCACAGCUACGACGACCGAGGCUUCUGACACAGAGAAAAGCACCAAGACUUCCCCCGCGUACACAUCUACACCAGAUGACGCUUUUAACACGGAUGCCUUUGAGAAUUUCAGCGAGGACACAUCUACGCCAUACGAUUCUACCAUGGAUGUCUCCGAUGGAUUCAGCGAGGACAUAUAUAGGACUAUGUGA